AGAAUAAUCUCUCCCAAUGAUCUCCUCCUUUUUACCUCGCAUUUACUUUUUCAAACCCUCUGUCUCGAUCGAUUUUGUUGCGCCGGAGUAGUAAAAAAGCUGCGCGAUUUACCAGGAGCUCGCGCAUCGUAUCGCAUCGCAGCGUCAAUUCGACCAUUUCACUUUCCUUCGCUUCGAUUUCUUCUUCUUUCGCGCAUUGAACCGAUCGAUUGAUUCUUUGUUUGCAGAAUAGCUGGAGCGAUCGUCUAUUCUUUGAUCGUCUAGAAUGCGCAUUGCCUCGCAAUCGCCAUGACUCGCAGAGAGAUUUUGAUAGAAGAUAGGGUAAUAUCGCGCGUCUUGGCGGCGCUUUUCACCGCGCUGUGGAUCCAUUCCAGUGCCGUGGGAGCUCUUUCGCCUGACGGGCAAGCAUUGCUAGCGUUCAAGGCGAGCCUCAACGAUUCGGCGGGCGCGCUGCUGCUCGACUGGAUUGAGAGCGAUUCACACCCUUGCCGAUGGACUGGAGUUUCGUGCCAUCCUCAAACCACCAAGGUCAAGAGCCUAAACCUUCCAUACCGGCGACUUGUUGGAACCAUCUCUCCGGAGCUUGGGAAACUCGACAGACUAGCUCGACUAGCUCUUCACCACAACAGUUUCUAUGGUACCAUUCCUUCCGAGCUUGGUAAUUGUACACGGUUAAGAGCCAUAUACUUGAAGAACAAUUACCUCGGUGGAACAAUCCCCAAGGAGUUUGGAAAGCUCGCAAGUCUACGAAUUCUAGAUGUUUCGAGCAACUCUCUGACUGGAUCAGUGCCUGACGUUCUCGGUGAUCUAAAGCAACUUGUCUUCUUAAACGUGUCCACAAACGCCCUUAUCGGGGAGAUUCCUAGUAACGGAGUGCUCUCUAAUUUCUCGCAGCACUCAUUUCUUGACAACUUGGGAUUAUGCGGUGCUCAAGUCAACACAACUUGCCGGAGUUUUCUCGCGCCAGCUCUAACUCCUGGCGAUGGUGUGGCUACUCCUCGAAGGAAAACCGCCAAUUACUCAAAUGGACUAUGGAUAAGCGCCCUUGGAACGGUGGCAAUCUCGUUGUUCCUCGUUCUCCUGUGUUUCUGGGGAGUUUUUCUCUACAACAAGUUUGGAAGUAAACAGCACCUUGCUCAAGUAACGUCAGCCUCAAGUGCCAAGCUCGUGCUGUUUCAUGGAGAUCUUCCUUACACCUCGGCAGACAUCGUAAAGAAGAUCAACUUGCUGGGAGAGAACGACAUUAUCGGUUGUGGAGGAUUUGGAACGGUAUACAAGCUUGUGAUGGACGACGGCAAUAUGUUCGCUGUCAAGAGGAUUGCGAAAGGUGGAUUCGGCUCCGAGCGCUUGUUCGAAAGAGAGCUAGAAAUCCUGGGAAGCAUCAAGCACAGGAACCUCGUCAACUUGAGAGGAUACUGUAAUUCCGGCUCCGCGAGGCUGCUCAUCUACGACUUCUUAUCACACGGAAGCUUGGACGAUCUCCUACAUGAACGAGAGCCACACAAGCCAUCCUUAAACUGGAACCACCGGAUGAAAGCCGCGAUUGGAUCCGCGAGAGGCAUAUCAUACUUGCACCACGACUGCUCUCCCCGGAUCGUCCACCGAGACAUCAAAUCGAGCAACAUCCUUCUCGACUCCAACUUCGAGCCGCACGUCUCGGACUUCGGCCUCGCCAAGCUCCUCAACGAGAACCAGUCUCACAUGACAACGAUCGUCGCAGGAACUUUUGGCUACCUCGCACCAGAGUACAUGCAAAGUGGACGAGUGACCGAGAAGAGCGAUGUUUACAGCUUUGGAGUGGUGCUUUUGGAGCUGCUCAGUGGCAAGAGACCCACAGACCCCGGAUUCGUGGCCAAGGGGCUCAACGUUGUGGGAUGGGUGAACGCGCUCAUCAAGGAGAACAAGCAAAAGGAGAUAUUUGAUAGCAAAUGCGAGGGUGGCUCGCGAGAGAGCAUGGAGUGCGUCCUCCAAAUCGCGGCAAUGUGUAUAGCUCCACUUCCAGACGAUCGCCCUACCAUGGACAACGUUGUCAAGAUGCUGGAAUCUGAGAUGAUGCUCUCUCCCUCUCCAAGUGAUUUCUACGAGUCCAGCUCCGAGUAAGUUACCCCACGCCAUCGUGUAAAUUUAUGUGACUUACUAUUCAUCAAGUUACCAUUGGAAAGAUUCUUUUAGAAGGAUGCGAAUAAAUUUUCUUCUUGUAACAAA